CUUCUUCUUUUGACCUUCCAGAGCCAACGAUCGACCAGCACCACGACCUCUCGGUGUCCAGUAGUCUCUGGUCCCGUCGGAUGGCCAUGAGCCGCCGCCUUUCCGCCCCGUGUCUCAAGUGAGCUGCCUACUCACCGACAUCCACCUCUCCGCCCCGCCGAUCUACCCACCGCAGCCAUGUCGAACUCGAAUACCAACGGCGCUAUUGCGCGGAUCACGCGAGAAAUUGCGAUGGCACAGAAGGGUACGGACCUGUCCAUCGCGGUGGCUUGUCGCGACAGCGACGUUCGCAACGUGAGAGCCCUCAUUGUCGGACCGCCUGAGACACCGUACGAGUUUGGCUUUUUCGAGUUUGACAUGAAGUUCUCUAAGGACUAUCCCAUCAAGUCGCCGCACGUCCGCUGCAUCACCACCAACAACGGCCGCACUCGCUUCAACCCCAAUAUCUACGCUGAAGGGAAGGUCUGUCUAUCCAUCUUGGGCACAUGGCGUGGCCAGCCAGGCGAGGAGUGGAGCAGUGCACAGGGCCUAGAGAGCGUCUUGAUCAGUAUCCAGAGUCUGAUGUCUGGCAACCCGUACGAGAAUGAGCCGGGCUACGAGACCAACAAGAAAGAGGAGCCCAAUCCUACCGCAUACAUUGCUAAGAUCCGGCAUGAGACGCUAAGGGUGUCAGUGUGUCAACGCCUGGAAGGUCUGCUGCAGAUUCCGCCAGACAAGACGGAGCCCGCUCUUAAGAAGAUCAAAGUCAGCCCCGCGGAUGAGCCCCCUGAAUCGCCCAAGUCCCCGCUGGCCAGUGGCACAAAUGGAACUUCCACGCCUGCAUCGAUACAUGAGUACGAUGCGGAGGCGACCUAUAACGCACUCGAACAGGGGCAGUGGGAUCCUUUUGCCGACCUGAUCAAGCGCCGAUUCUUGUGGUACUACGAUACGUAUACACGGGCCAUCGAUACGUUCGGUGAGGUACAACGAGAUGGCACUGCGUUCAAGCGAAUGGAAUUUGAGUAUCCGCCGAACAGUAUGGAGGGACACUUUGCCUACAAGAAUCUCAGAGCGCGCAUGGAGAAUAUUCUGGCAAGAUUGGAUGAGGAAGCUCGGUCUUGGGAGCAACAAGGUGCCCAGCAAGUGAUUGAUGCAACACAGCUGGCAACUCAGCUCGCUUUCCAAUUCAAACAGCUCGAAGACAAGUGGAACAGAGGUUCUUAUGCUGGUUCACACAUGGAGAUCAGCCUAUCGAACGCCAAGAAUCCAUUUGUGUGGCAUUUGACGCUGUUCGGCGAGCCGAUGACUAACCUUGAUGGUGGCAUUUUCAACAUGGAUCUCUUCAUCCCUCCCGACUUUCCCAUCACUCAGCCACGAGUCAAGAUCACAACCCCGAUCUUCCAUCAUCGCGUCUCAAAGAACGGCCACCUCUGCUAUUUCGCAUCACGAGAAGAUGAGAUAGGCUCCCAUCUGGAAGGCAUAGUCGCUGCCAUUGAGGAUAAGGAAUCCAGCUUCGAUCCGCGGGCAAUGGUGAAUCCGGAGAGUUUUGAUUUGAGAUGGGGAAAAGAGGACAAGCGCAAAAUCUACAACCGCAAAUUGCGACGCAGCGCACAGGAGAGCAGUGAGUUCAUGUGAUGCUCCUAUCGUGAAGCUUGUUUCUGGUCCAUGCGGCGGCACAGUACUCGUCAUGCUGGAAUUAUCGAGACACGCUCGUUGCCACUGCAGACUGCUCGAUGCCUUCCAGCUAUCUUCCAUCUGCAGGCCGACCAGCGGCUGACUGGUGGCUCCGCAGGUCUUGAGCUGGAUCCCCGUAAGGCUAAAGGGACAGACACAUGGAUCCUGUCAACCGUCCUGCAGCGACUGAAAGCUGCAUGAGAGGCGAGGCCGAAUGACAGGAGGCGUUACGGAAAAGUCAAGAAAUUUGUAUGAUACCCGGGGAGUGAUAUAUUAGCGAGGAGUUAUGGCGUCUUCCCGGUGCUUGAACGCCCGGGACGCUUCGAAUCUUGUGUCUUUUAUGCACAUUCUCUCGGUCGUCUUCACUCAUGCCAUGCUUCGUCAUCGACGGGGAGUAGCUUUGGUGCGUGGUGAGACCGUUUCAACAGAGCUUUUAUUGUGUGACACGUCUCUUGGCGUCAAUAAUGAGUUGUCUGACGACUUGCUGACUUUCGUCAAC